CUCGUUCCAGUUUCAUCUGUCGGACAUCGUUCUUUCGGAGUCUUUGCUCCUUUCUCUCUUCACCCUUCCUGGCCCAUCCCGCCGCGCCAUGACUCCCCAAAUUAGAAUUGUGGUGAAAGACAGAGGGCUCUUCGGCCCGGAGUUGCCUGGCAAGCCCUUUGUCGCCUCCAAGGCGGUUCAGCCGGUGCAGCAGCCUCCUCGCUCUAAACGGGGCGACUUGGCCAUGCUCCGACUUGGGCUUGACAUCGCUCUCGAAUACUUCAACAGCGAUGGCAGCCUGCCUAUCUCGACGCUAACAACCAAGGCCAGACUCUGGGCGGACCGCUACUUCAAGGGGUAUCCCUACGCCUCAAAGCGGCCGACUGCCCUUCUUCGGACCUUUCCGAAUCUUUUCAACCUGAACAUUGAACCACAUCUCCGCCUGGUACCGAGAACAAUGUCACCGCCGUCGUCUCCUGAACCUGAGGGUACCAGCUCCCGAGAUCUCCGCCGCGCCGAGCGGAGAGCCAUGAACUCUGAGGCCUUCCCAGAGUUUGCCGAGCCCACGUUGGCCUCGGACUCUGAGAUCGACAGGAUUAUCAAUCUGCCAAACCGUCGCACCGCGCCCGCCACCAAGCCGACGAUGCGGGUAGACGCCGCGAUGCUCCGCGGUUCCGGUCUGAUGAGCACGCUGCCCGAAUUUCUGGGCCAGCUGGCGCGGGCUAAUCUCGAAUUGGAGACGAAGCUGGCCACGAACCCAGAGUCGGUCCGUAUCGAGCUCGACGAGGAGCAGGCCGCGUCGCAGCAGCACGUAGAGAUGAACCUUUUUUCUGGGUUGGUCGAGGCACAGCGACGCCGUCACCGGCGGCGCAUCGUCCUCCCCGGUGACCUUGACCUUGCAGUCAAGCCCCCGGGCGCCACCCAGCACGACGGCAGCGGCCAAGACAGCGGCAGCUCUGGCGGCGAGCAGAGUCCGCCCCGAGAGACCUCGGAUGACGAGGAGGACAGCGGUGACGAGACCGACGCCUCGACUUCCACAACCGCCAGCUUGCGCGCCAAUCUCAAGAAGCGCAAGGCGGCAGCGUCAGUGGCCGACGAGGACGCGGAAGCCGACAGCCCGCCCAACAAGAUCCGCCUUCAUUAUCACUACCCCACCCCGAAGCUGCGCCACUACGACAUGAAGCGGCGGAAGCUCGUCAGCCGGCCGAACCCGGACGCAGCCCCGGGUGAUCCAUUUAAGGCCCUGCCCGACAAGCCCGCGGCCGCCGUCCGCCGGCCCGCCGCCGAUGAGUCCAUCACGGUCGCGACUACCGAGAGACCAGGCAGCAGCGGCAGCGACUCGAGCAGCGCCUCGGCUUCUUCGUCGUCGAGCACCGGCCCGGUCCCCAUCACCAGGAUCCGUGUCCCCAGCCGCAGUCCGGACGGGUCGCGGUCUAGCUCGCCGGACAGGAUCAUCAUGCUGCGGCACCCGGUCGUGCCCUCGGCAACGCCAUCCCGCGAUGCGAGCGAGGAGCCGGCUUCAUCGUCGUCGUCAUCGUCGUCCUCUGGUUCGUCUCCCGGCCGGCGCACCAAGAUCAAGGUCGUGCAAAGAGAGCGACCGGAUGCGGAGCGGAGGAGGUUGAUCGAGGAGGUUGAGUAACCGUUUACCACUUUUCGUUUGGCGUUUUUCUAUAGGGUUAGCAGGGACCUCAGGUUACGAGUCAUUUAGGAUAGUCGUUCUCCUUUGUCAGGGCGUUGGUGGACACAUAUGCAUAUACAUGGGUAAAGCUGGGGUCGCAUGGCAUGGUGGGCGCAAUGAGAGGACUAAACGGCUAGGUAUGCACCGUUU